AGGAUUAAAACAUUGGUAGUAGUGCACUCCCAAGGAUUCCCCCCCACCCUCCUCACAAUUAACCCUGCCAUGGAGAACCGCAAGGAGAAAAAUGUCUGGAUGUCUGUUCCUCAAUUUGGAGGGUGGGAUCAGAAGGCCGGCACGCCGGACUAUUCCAUGGUCUUCUCGCGCGCCCGCGCUAAUAGGAAGCAGCAGAAAACUGACGUGAGGCGGGCGAGCCUUGGAAAUGAAGCAGAGCUCAUGACGUAUCAGCGCUACGAAGAUGGCAGCGUGAGGAAAAGAAAGAAGUUUCUGCGCUAUCUUAACUGCUGUAUGGUGGCUUGAUUUAGUAAGAAUCUCUGCGCCGGCAUAUAUUUCAAAUUUCCAGCUGCAUCAACUUAUCCAGCCUAUGCUACAGUUUGGGGACAGGGAUUAUGUAUCUGUAAAUAUUGGACAUUCAUUGAGAGAUACAUUUUGCUGCAUAGCAUGUGUUUUCUCCAAAACUUACUGCCAUUUGUAUAUUGGUGUUAUAUGAUGAUGUAUGUAAUAAAAUGAAGUGUGAGUUGUGUUAUGAUAUUUUGAUCAAUUUUGUAAUAUAUGGCAUAGUUUGUUUCAAGGAUAAACUUAA